AAGCGCAGCGCGAGUCAUGAACAUGAGCCGCCGCAGCUACGAUUACACAAAAUAGGCCAAAAAGCGCCAGGACGUGGUUCUCUUACCUCGAUUGUGAUCUCUCCCUAGCCCCCUUUUGCGGCGGAUAUGUCUGUCAUCCUGGUGACUGGCGGCACUGGUCUAGUGGGUAAGGCCUUACAACACAUCCUCGCUAUCGAGCCUGAGGGCUCGCGGUUCGGCAAGAAAGCGGGGGAACACUGGGUAUUUGUCAGUUCGAAGGAUGCAGACCUACGGGAUUCUGCCCAGACAAUGGCGUUGUUUGAGAAGCACAAGCCGACGCAUGUCAUCCAUCUGGCUGCAAUUGUUGGCGGGGUGUACAUUAAUAUGAAACGCAACCUUACGUUCCUGCGUGACAAUAUCCUCAUCAAUGACAACAUCUUACACACCUCGCAUGUCCUAGGUGUGAAGAAGGUCAUCUCCUGUCUCUCUACCUGCGUCUUCCCCGACAAAGUCACGUAUCCUCUGGACGAGACGAAGAUUCACCUUGGUCCCCCGCACCCGAGCAACUUCGGGUAUUCACAUGCAAAGCGUAUGGUUGACGUGCAAAAUCGAGCAUACAAGGAGCAGUUCGGAUGCAACUUCACCUCUGCUAUUCCCACGAGUAUCUUUGGGCCUCACGAUAACUUCGAACUCGAAUCAGCACAUGUCAUUCCUGCGUUGAUCCAUAAGUGCUUCCUCGCUCAGCGUAUGUGUGCUGGCCAUAGCAAGCUACCUAUUAGCUCAUCUUGGCCAUAUCACAUAGAGAACGGCACGUCCUUCGUCGUCGGCGGGACUGGUAAACCGCUUCGACAGUUCAUCUAUUCGCACGACCUCGCGAAGCUGUUCAUCUGGCAACUCCGCGAGUACGACUCGGUCGAGCCCGUCAUCCUCUCUGUUGGCGAAGAGGAAGAAGUGUCCAUUGAGACGCUCACAGAUGCGAUCGUCCGGGCGAUGGACUUCAAGGGCGAGUACGUCUUCGACACCUCUCAGGCGGAGGGCCAGUUCCGCAAACCGGCAAGCAACAAGAAGCUCAUAUCGCUCAUCGGGAACUUCGAAUUUACGCCGUUUCAGAAGGCGCUCGAUGAGACUGUGCAGUGGUUCUUGGCGAACCAUGCGCGCGCGAGGACAGACAAGAGGGCAGAAGUCUAGCUGUUGAUACCGUGGUCAGAUGUACACAGAUCCGGUCCACAUUAGGUCAACGGUUAGGACGUUGUCUCCACGAAUGCUUAUUGAAAAGCCACGGUUGAGGUCGCAAAGGUAUCAUCUGAGGCGAUGCUGUGGCAUGUCGCCCCCUGUUCCCAGUACUCGGGGAAACAAGGACAGUGCGAUGUAUACAGUACGCUGUACAACGGUCUCGAGUUGGUCUUAACGGCGUUCUUCCAGUCCUCAAUUCGCGAACAGUAGGCCAUUGCUUAGACCGGUUUCCGGUCAAUCACGGACACAACUCGCCAGAUGACUAGCAGCGCGAGAAUAUGUACGGCUCGUAGAGAUUGAAAGUGCUUGAUGUUCAUCGGCUAGUCUCAAUUCGCCGUCAUUAUCUCUCCCUAACAGCGCGGUCUGCCUCGUAUGUCUCCUUCAC